CUUCAGCAUCAAUUACUUGUUUAUGAAUGGCUUAAUAUCUUAAAGAGUUUAUAUCCAGUAUAUUGAUCGGUCUCCGCGUGCGCUGGAAAGAAUGAGGGAACUUGAAAAAAAAGAAAGAAUGAAUUAUUACGAUGAAGAAAUAACUCAGAAACUUAUACAAGCGCAAAUAGAAUUGGCUAACUCGAAAAUGACGUCAAACUUAGAUGCUUUGGGGCCCGCCAAGAACGAAUUUAAAAGAAGCAGCGACGAUCCGAAGAUUUUAUUAAAAGUCAACUUAAAAUCGACGACUUCAGUCGUCCAAUCGAAUGCUCUUCAGUCUAUUAAACCAGCGCAUGAAUCGUCUAAGCCAGCGGAAACCAGUAAGCUACUUAAAAAAGCCCCUAAAGAUCCUCUUGAGGAGCUACGGGAAACCGAAAUCAAAAAGCGUCUCAGAGUAACACGUGAGAACUGGCUCUUUCCAGAUAUUGUAGUGAAGGUUAUGCAUGCCGAGCUGGAAAACGGGAAGUACUAUAAGCACAAAGGUGUCGUGCUCAAAGUUCACGAGAAAUUUAUUGGAGAAGUCAGGAUGCUCGACUCGGGUGAUUUACUGCGGCUCGAUCAAGACGACCUUGAGACGGUCAUUCCUCGGAUUGGUGGAAAGGUAUUAAUAGUGAACACCGCGUUUGCAGGCGCGACGGGUGCCCUUGUAGCCAUCAACUCGGAGACGUUCACUGCGUUGAUUAGGAUCGACAAAGGAAUCAAUAAAGACACGGAAAUAUGGCUCCCCUAUGAGCACUUUUCUAAGCUGACUGUUCAAUGAACUUGUAUAGAAGCUUCUUUAACAGAAUUAGUCAUGUGCUUUUUGAGGAGAUUGUUUUACUUGAGCAUUAAAAGAAUCUUUCUGGUGUGCAAAUAAAAGAUGUUUGGUUUGUGAUUGAA